AGGAAGUCAUACGAAGCUUUCAGCUAACAUGUAACGUGGAGGUUGAUUGACUUGAGCUUGACCCCGCGUUCUGGGCUUCUAGCUCUGCCCAGCUCUCCGCUUGGCUGCCCAUUGCGGGUUUCUGCUUUGUCCCUCCUUCGUGUCAUUUACCGAUUAAGUUGGAGUUGUGCUGUUACAUCACAUCACGCAUCAUUCAUCGCCCAUCUGUUGACUUGCUGUGACGUCUCAGAAAUAGCCACCAUGGUUGUUCUCAAGACUCAGUCCGAGUUCGGCCACGCCCCGCCGCCGCAGACUCCGUAUAGCAUCAUCAGCAAUCUCCCCACGUGGAAGGUCGCCGAGGCAUUCCGCGAUGGCGACCCUGGCCCGCUCUCCAGGGUCGUCCACCUGUAUCCUCGUUUCCUGCCCAUGCAGUUUGCUGCUCAGCUCAGCCAAGCCAUCGUGAAGCAUCUCGGCUUCGAGGGCAAACGCGCCUUGAUCUACCUCAACCCGGAGCUUUGGCCGUAUACCCGCAACCAUGUCACCCUCGAGGGUCGCGGGCCGCACCGCAUGAAGGCUGAAGAUGUCACGCUCAAGAUCGUCGACAUCGCCGGCCACCGCGUGUAUGCGGUGCUCUACGAGCCGCAGAAUACCUUUGGCGUCAUCCUCACAUGGGGCGCUCCCGGUCUCGGCAUCUCAGUCCGCGGAAGCGAAGAGCUGCUCCGAGGAGUCGACGCCAUGAAGGAGGUGGCCUUUGAAGGGAACGAUAAUCUCCCGGCGCCGACGUGGACUCCCGAGAGCGUUGCUCAUCAGGGCCUCCGCGAGCGGAUCAGCGAGCUGCUGCAUCGCUCGCCCAUUGACCCGGACAAGAUAACGUGUACCCCCAGCGACGUGUAUCUGUAUCCCACGGGCAUGGGCGCCAUCUACCACACGACUAACCUCCUGAUGGACUAUCGCCCGGGCACCAUUGUGAUUCUCGGCGUCGUGUUCCACAACACUCACCAUCAUCUCCACGAGGAGUGCCCUCACGGGUUCAAGCACAUUGGCAAGGUUGACGAGGAGGCCAUCGAUGGCUUUGAGAACUGGCUCGAGACGGAGAAGCAGGCUGGCAGACCCGUCAGCUAUGCCAUUAUUGAGAUCCCAGGGAAUCCUACUCUCGACUCCCCUGACCUCAUCCGCCUGAAGAGCCUUUCCGACAAGUACGGCUUCGUCUUCAUCAUUGACGACACCGUCAGCGGCUUCGCCAACGUCGAUGUUCUUGCUCAGGGAGAUCUUGUAACCACCUCCUUGACCAAGUCCUUCAGCGGCCUGGCCGACGUCAUGGGAGGCUCCGUCGUCCUGAACCCGCUCUCGCCGCACUACGCAGCCCUUGCGUCGCGCUUCAAGGCGAAGCACCACAACGAGCUGUUCGCCAGCGACGCCGCAGUCCUCCUCUCCAAUUCGGAGGCCUUCAUUGAGCGCACGCGUAUCCUCAACCGCAACGCCGCGGCCAUGGCCAACUUCUUGCACGAGGCCAAGUCUCUCCCAGACUCUCCCAUCGUCAACGUCCAGUACCCGAGCCUGCUGCCCAGCAAGCCCGAGUACGACGCCGUGAUGCGGCCCGGCACGCCGGAGCUGCCGGACCCCGGCUACGGGUGUCUCCUGACGGUCGAGUUCGACCGCCUCGAGACCGCCGUGGCCUUCUACGACCGCUGCGGCUUCUAUCCCAGCCCCCAUCUCGGAGGGCACGUCACGCUAAUCUUUGCGUACAAUAUGGCAAUCUUCGGCAAGAACCCCGAUGAGGCCGCCCACAUGCGCGAGUUGGGGGUCAAGGAGGAGGGCGUCCGGCUCUCGGCGGGCCUGGAGAGUGAGGAAGACCUCGUCGACACUCUAAGAGAUGCGCUUGACGCGGCCAUUCAGGCAAAGAAGGAUCUGGCAGCCAAGGAGUAAACUGCGAAGAGGCAUGCGGUAUCAUCGGACGUAGAGCAGACGUUGGAUUUAUCAUAGUUGGCAAGCGAAACGAGAAAC